AUGAGCUCCCCGACCCAGCCCCAGGACGUCCCCCCUCCCACUACCGAGCAGCCUCGUCGCCGAAGCUCCGGCUGGAUGCCCGCCUUCGAGGGCCUCACCCGCAAUCGCAACGAGACCCAGGCAAGUGCCCGUCGCCAGAGCAUGUCUGACCAGCAGGCCAAGCUCGGAGUCUUCGGAAACUUCUUCCACAACAAUUUUGGAAGAAACUCCAAGUAA